AUGCUUGUGUUUAUAUCAAGUGGCUCCAAUUUGGCUAGAAAUGUAAACCCCACAGUUAUGAUUUCCAUUCACAAGACAAGGAUCUUCCGUAUCUUUGUCCUAAUCUUGGGAGUUGAUAACUUUGGGGUCCAAAACCGUACACUCCUUCCGACCGGACUCGGAGGCUUAUUGAGUUGGGAUUUAGUGGCUGAUAUUGUAAAAUUUGGAGGUAGAGGGCAUUUCUUAACCUACGAUUUCGAUCUGUUCCUUGCCGCAAAAUUGAACCUUCGGUGGACGAUCAUUUUCAACCGUUGUUCGCUUCUCCUCCUCCUUCAAUUCCUUUCUCCUCCGUGGUUUUGGAUCGGAUUGGGGGAUAGAUUCAAGGCGGCUCCGGUUUCGGAUUCGUCUCCUCAGGUUGUUUCGUACAUAUUCGAGCUUCAAGUAGAGUCUCUAAUUGAAGAAGAUAAGGAAUUUGUACAUGUAAUGUUUGAGAGAGACGGAGUUUGA